ACCUUUCGUUUUUGCGUUCAUUCAAUCCCUCCUAUACACGCUAUUUCGUAACAUUGACUUGCUGUUGCUGAUAUUUAGUCGACGCUCGUGAGCACGCCGAUAUACAAGCAUCAAAAUGGAAUUAAAAUUGACUCCUACGAUUGUUCUGGUCCUUUCAAUUUGUUUAGUGCAUAUCGCGGUCGCGAAACCAAGAAUGACUGAGAGACGAGAUGAAGUGAUACCGUUAGACCAGUCAGUUGUAGCAAGUUUGCCGGAAAAGACUACGAUUAACCCAUCUGUAACAGAAACCAAGGUCCCUGGUCGUGUACCCUGCCAAUUCGACGAGCCUACCGAAGAAUCCGUCUGCCAGGAGCACUGCAUGCCAAAAGGAUAUUCAUACGGACUCUGUGUCGCUUAUACCUGCAGUUGCAUUUAAAUGGAAAAUAACAAACCAUGACUGCGAUGAUGCAUAGUGAUGCAACAUAAACGCUGAAAGAGGAAAUUAAUAUAGAGUUUCAAUUAACAUUGUUACACGGAAACAAAAGAAUAGGUUAGUUUAACUACCUAAUUGUGAUUCAUUGCGUUUACCAAGUUGAUAUAAUAAAUUUACAUAAGACUGUA